AUUGCCUGGCACCGGCUGCAAGGCCCCGCUCCAUUCACAGAAACGCUGGCUCGCUCGCUGGCCCUUUCAUUCACACAAACAGCAUCUCAUUCACAUUCUGUCGUUUUUUUUGUCUGCUUCUAAUGAAGACCACGGUUUGGGAAUGGUGGGGCUGACUUGCUUCAGAUUGGAGGGGGACUCUAAUCACCAUCGAAAUCGUCCGUGGGGUGCGCAUCUGCUGUUGCUAUGCAAGCUAGGGGAAGGGAAAAAAGAGAGUGCGGGGUGGCUGCUGGGCUAGGGCUGCGGCGCGGUUGGAGAGCGGUGGGGAAGUGUUUGCUGCGCCAGGGCCGGCCUGGCUGCUCUGCGCUCCUCCGUCCUCUGAAGCCUGCCUCACCCGCGCUCCCGCCAUGGGUGGCUCUCCCUAAACUCCGUUCCUGGGGCUUCCAGAAAGCCUGGGAACCUCGCAGCCACCUAAGAUCAGCUCUGGGCGUGAGAAGACUCAGGGUGACCUGCUAGUGUGCUGGAAGGCAAAAGCAUUCGCUUGCACAGAAGUUACCGGGAAACUUUGACAGCGACUGACUUCCCUGUGGUGCAGGUUAUCGAUCUUAACGCAUGAGGCCACCUGGCAGAGGCCACAGAGGAAGGGGUCAGUGGGUCUCAGAAUCUUGGACAGACCUUCGGGGAGGCUGUCGAUGUCCUGUUCUCCUAAACGCCAGGAAGAAGGCCUGUGUGUGUCACUGCAAGCCUGAGCCUGAUUCCCAAGGAUGAGGCCGUUCUUGCUGUGGAUUUGAUGGGCAGUUAGAGCAGCCGCAUUUUUUUCUGCCUGACUGCAGGGCUGCAAAGCAGCAACUGAAGGGACAUUGAAAUGGAUUGGUGGUGUUCCUAAGGCAUGCUUCCAGGGCUUAAACACAUUCAGUUGGAAUAAAGCUCAAAACGCAGCCCUCUCUCUCCCUUUUUCUUUUUGGCAUGGAUUUCUGGAGCCUGUUGCCGCGCAUCAUAGAAGCACUAUUCUUUUUUGGAAGUAGAUUUUCAACUUAACCCUGACUGAGAAAGGCUGCUGAUUGCUGUAAAUUAUCAGGGAAGACCCCUUGAGCUGUACUGAGAAGGAGUUCAUGUGCAGAUUUGGUUUUCUCGUGUGUUAUCUGAGGAAUUGCUUCGCCACAGACACUCGCCAGCAGACAUUCAUGGCUGCUCUGUUGAUCUGAACAAGAAAAGCAAACCACAGGAAAUUGAUGCUUUUUAAAAAUAUUCAUCUGAUGGUGGAGGGUCCCCUCUUUUUCUUACUUAAAAAUUCUUGCUCCUUUCCAAAUCAGGAUCCAUCAGGAUUCGCCUGAAGAUUUCUUAAGAAGCCUUCGUCACAUUUUAACGCAUCGCUGUCAGACACUUCUGGGGCUCACCCACAUGAGCUGAGCAAAGGAAGAGCAAACCCUAACAUGGAAUAAUGGAUUUUGGAAAGUUCAAGAGAUCAUUUGAAGGAGCUGGGUUUACCUUUGGCACAAAUGCGGGAUGGGGAAGGGGUAGGUGAAAAAGCAAAGAUCGGAAGGAAAUAUCUGCGAAGGUAGAAAAAGGAAAUUUGAGAACUGAUUGGCUGUAGUUGCUGACAGCGGGUGGAUGUCGUUUUCUUCUCUCUCUUUUUGCUACAGGAAGUGGUUUGCGGAGCUCACCGAGCCUUUGUUGAGAAGGGUCUCCUCAGAGUGAGUCACGCUUUUGCUGGGAGCAGCCCGGUGCAGCUGGGCGCUCCAUCAGCGGCAACUAUGACUUUUGCAAGGCAAGCGUUCCACCCCAACCCGUGGUCUCCCGGGCCCGCGCUGCGUGUCGGCUGCUCCGCUGCCUUGUAACGGUGUGAGGGCUCGGUCGUCGGCCUCGGCUGUCCCUCUCCGGAAAGGUUGUCCUGGGACCCCAGCUCCUGGUCCCUCUCCGGGGCUCGCGGCUCGUGUGCUAUGCGCGGCAGCCCGCGCCGGGGCCGGCACCAGCAGCGCCCGGGCGGAUGCGGCGAGCUCACGGAGGGGCAUGCUUCCACGCACCAAGUACAACCGCUUCAGGAAUGACUCGGUGACAUCGGUCGAUGACCUUCUCCACAGCCUGUCGGUGAGCGGCAGCGGCAGCGGCGGCAAGGUCUCGGCGGCGCCCGCGGCGACCCCCUACCUGGUGUCGGGCGAGGCGCUGCGCAAGGCGCCGGACGAUGGGCCCGGCAGCCUGGGCCACCUGCUCCACAAGGUGUCCCACCUGAAACUCUCCAGCUCCGGCCUGCGUGGCCUGUCGUCGGCCGCCCGGGAGCGGGCGGGCGCGCGGCUCUCGGGCAGCUGCAGCGCGCCCAGCCUGGCGGCCCCGGACGGUGGCAGCGCGACCCCCGGGUCCCGCGCCCAGGCCGCCAGCAUGAACGCCCCCAGGAAGAGCCGGGCCGGCGACGAGCCGCUGCCCAGGCCCCCGCGGGGCGCACCUCACUCCAACGACCAGGUGCUGGGGCCGGGAGUCACCUACGUGGUCAAGUACUUGGGAUGCAUUGAAGUUCUGCGCUCAAUGAGGUCUCUUGACUUCAGUACAAGAACUCAGAUUACCAGGGAAGCCAUCAGCCGUGUCUGCGAAGCUGUGCCAGGUGCCAAAGGAGCCUUCAAGAAGAGAAAGCCUCCAAGUAAAACGCUGUCCAGCAUCCUGGGGAAGAGCAACCUCCAGUUCGCAGGGAUGAGCAUCUCCCUGACCAUCUCCACGGCCAGCCUGAAUCUGCGCACUCCCGACUCCAAACAGAUCAUAGCGAACCAUCACAUGCAGUCCAUCUCCUUUGCUUCUGGGGGAGACCCGGACACAACAGACUAUGUUGCCUAUGUCGCUAAGGACCCUGUUAAUCGCAGAGCUUGCCACAUUCUGGAAUGCUGUGAUGGGCUAGCCCAAGACGUCAUUGGCUCCAUUGGACAAGCCUUUGAACUCCGGUUCAAACAGUAUUUGCAGUGUCCUUCCAAGAUUCCUGCUCUCCAGGACCGAAUGCAGAGUCUGGAUGAGCCAUGGACUGAAGAGGAGGGAGAUGGCCCUGAUCACCCAUACUACAACAGUGUUCCCAGUAAGAUGCCUCCUCCAGGGGGGUUUCUUGAUGCUCGACUGAAAGCCAGACCCCAAGCUCCUGACGCAGCUCAGUUUGCAGGGAAAGAGCAAACUUAUUACCAGGGGAGACACUUAGGAGACACAUUUGGUGACGACUGGCAGCGAGCACCCACCAGGCAAGGUUCCUUGGACAUCUAUAGCACACCAGAAGGGAAAGGGCACAUGGCUCUGGUCGGAGAGACACCAACCUACGUCAACACCCAGCCAGUCCCUCCACAGGUUUGGCCAGCAGCAAGCAGCAGCACCGAGAGCAGCCCACGAAAGGACCUCUUUGACAUGAAGCCUUUUGAAGAUGCUCUCAAGAACCAGCCCCUGGGGCCCGUGUUGAGCAAAGCGGCGUCUGUGGAGUGCAUCAGCCCUGUCUCACCCAGAGCCCCAGAUGCCAAGAUGCUGGAGGAGCUUGAUGCUGAGCCCUGGUACCAAGGAGAGAUGAGCAGGAAGGAGGCAGAGGCACUGUUGCAAGAAGAUGGAGACUUUCUAGUCCGAAAGAGUACUACCAACCCUGGCUCCUUUGUCCUCACGGGCAUGCACAAUGGCCAGGCCAAGCACUUGCUGCUGGUGGACCCGGAAGGCACGGUCCGGACGAAGGACAAGGUCUUUGACAGCAUCGGCCACCUCAUCAACUACCAUCUUGAGAGCAGCCUGCCCAUCGUCUCUGCAGGGAGCGAGCUUUGCCUCCAGCAACCAGUGGAGAGGAAACACUGAGCUGGCCCAGCACCCUCUGCACGCCUUGUGCCAGGUCAGGAGGACCUGGGUCCACUGCUCUCAGCCUCUGGGAACUGGGGCCGCUGUCAGUGGGCACUUCGCCUUCCUCAAAAGCUCCUCCCAAGGGAGGUUUCCUUCAAGUUCAGAUUUCAUAAACAUGUUCCACACAUCUCAGAUGCAUAUUAGAGGUGUAUAUACCCACACAUCCUGUACAAAUGGGCCCUAUAUUUAUAUUUUUUAAGACUAAGAAAGAUGUGAGACUAAUGCCCUAUGCUGUAUGUUUUUAGUGAGAGGCAAAUUUGAUGGUAGUUGUUCAGGCAAAAAUUUUAAUUCAGCUGACCUACUGGGAAAUUUUGCUAGGAAGGUGUAAUCUGCAGUUCUAUAUAAGCACAACACAGGGUGAAUGCAGGUGAGCUGGCAGCUCCAGAACAAACAGACUUAAGAUAGAAUAUGGCAGCAUGCUGCCCAAACAUCUGCUCCUGCCCCUACAGCUCAUAUGAGUGCUGGUUCUGGGCUGUAGCUUUGUUCACAGAUGGAUGUGCCUCCUCUGGCUCUGGCUUCUGUACCCCCAGACAGAUGGCAUGUGAAUGGGUUUUCUGUCACAUGAUGACCCACUGAAGCCCCACUCCAAAGCAGGUGGUACUCUGUCUUUUUUCUGGGGUCAUGUUUCAGGUCAUGUUUGACCCAUGUUGUUUGGGUCAUGGGGAUCCAUCACCUUUGACCCCAGUUGUGUGUGUAUGGAUUCGGGGCAUUCAUUCGAGGCCAAAUAUGUUACAAAAUACGACUUAAGAUCUCCAAUUGACAAAUGCUUCCUUUGUUUUCAUCAGUAUAGUGAUGAAUGUCUGUGGAAGGCAGGCUAUGGAAAGUAUUCCUGGUCUGUAUGUCCUUCAAGCCAGUGUGUUCAUCACAGGCUGUGCGUGGAAGGUGUUGGUGAAAUGGCCUCCCACCUACCUCUUGUGUUCAGUAGAGCAAAAAGCAUGUGUAAGAGCCUUGCAAGGCAUGUACCAGCUUCUGCCCAGAAUUGAGCCUUGGAGACACACCCACUGUCUUGUUCCUCCCAUUUCAGUGUAUACUGGGCAUCAUGCUCCAAAGUCUUUGGAGCCAGCUGGAGUGAAGGAUGAUGGUGAGCCCCUUCCUCUCCCCUCCACAUCUUCUCAGUAGCCCAAUGAAAAGGGAUCACACCCAUGGCCCUCUGUCUUGACCCUCUUCCUACCAGCUCAGAAGCUGUUGAUUCAUGGUGGGUGAUUUCAUGCUUGAAAAUUGGCUGUGUCUAUGACUUAAAAAACAUUUGGGCUGUGAUCACUCUGUGACUUAACAAACACAGGCAGAUGAUGCAUUUGUUGGUUGGUACUUCCUCAUAAGACUGCAACCUGGGCUCUGGUCCCCAUGAGACCCCAUGAGUGUGGCACCUCUGGUCAGUAAAAUAGGACUUUGAACACUUUAGGGUUGGACAGUCAUAAAUUGGAUGUUUUAAGAGGAAUUAUGUGUGUGUAUAGAGAGGGUGUCUAGUGUUUAAGAACACUAGCUUCUCUUCUAGAGGACUUAAGUUCAAUAAUGCUCAGCACCCACAUGGCAGCUCACAAUUGUCUGUAACUCAAAUCCCGGGUAUCUAUCUUCUUCGGGCCCCUAUGGGCACCAAGUAGACACAUGAUGCACAUACACAUUUGCAAGAAAAAAAUACCCAUAUGUAUAAAAAUAAACUAAUAUUUAAAAAAGAGUAGUUAAGGGGAAACUUAACCAUUAGGCAAAUAAGGGUUCUGCAUGGCUCUAAAGCUAAGCGUGUGAACACUGCUUUUCCUGCUGUGUAGUCAGUUGGGUGCCAACGGGUGAGUCUGGGUCAAGAAGAUCCCAGGCUCUGUACAUGAGAGCCUCUUUUCAGUUUUUACCCUUUGAGGGCCCACUGAAUCCAAGUUGGCAGUAGCAUGUUCUAGAAUUAGAAUUCUGGGGAACCUAGCAUCAACACUCACUGGCCUGCUUCAUCCUGAAUGGUGUUGGUGGCAGACACUACAUGGAUGAAGCCUUGGAGAUGAGCAGAUAUACUGAUAGCCCCUGGCUCAGGCUCUUGCCCUGGGACCAUAUAUAUACAUAGGCUUUGGGAUGCUCCUAAGAGUCACCCAGCAUUCUGUCCCUCAGGAGGCUAUGCCUUGUGCACACACAUACAGGUCCUGUUACUCCCGUGUGUGAAUGUGUACUACAUACAAAUAUAUAUAUACCUCCCCCCCCCCCGUUCUUGAAUUCUCCAUGUUGUGCAAGGCUAAAAUGCCUAUGUUCAGGUCACCAGUAAAGUGUUGCAGACCGUUAGCACCUUAGCACUUGCUCUGCUUUAUUUCCCUCUCCAGGGAAGUUAAAAAGCAGCACUCAGAAUUAUAUCAGUCUUCUCUGAAGUCAGUGUUGAGUUUGAGGGUGAUAGGAUUUAUAGGAAUCAAUUUAGAAUAUUGAAAGUAUUGGAGUCAAUGUUUUCCUUUUCAAUUUUAAUUCAAAAUAUGUAAUUUUGAUCUCAGAUUACAGGACUGGACAUGUGCUUAGGGAAGUCUUUCAGACACAAGGCAGCCAUGUUCUGACCUAUGUUCCCUGUAAAGUAUGUCAGAGGUCACACAAGUUUAUCAUUUCCUUCUAUAAACACUGUGUAUAUGGUGGGACAUUCCCUCAAACAUCACUUACACAUGGGGAAACUGAGGCUCACUUCAGGUCCCUUGGUCAGCUAACAGCCGAGUCAUUCUCCUCACUCAGUGUUUUCUGUGCACAGCUGUGGGCUAGUCUGUGCUUGGAGACCAGGCUUUGGAGGCAAACCCAGCAAAGCCUCAUCCUUGAGCCUGAGUCCCUCUUUCUUUGGUUUCCUGCCCAUAUCUGCCUGGGUAGGGCAGGGUUACAGGCUACAAAGCAGCAACUCCAGGCAGAACAGCACUAUAUCGUGCAUUCAGGUCUUCAACUCCUGGGCACAGUGGCUGAGUCUAUGCCCAGCAUCAGCAUUCGAAGUGUGUCUGGAUCCUAUGCUCCUUCUUGUGGGCAUCCUGCUACAGCACCCAGAACUCUGCAUCUAUUAGUGGUGCAUGAUGGGGCCCAACAGUCUUGAAGCAGCCUGUCUGCUCUUGCACAGUGGCCCUAAAGCUCCUGCCUAGUCCCUCUUUCCCUUGCCCUCCUGGGAGAGUUAGCUGUGCUUCAAAUAGCCUCUCCAUGCUGGUGAGGCUGGUUGGGCUUCCCAUGGGGCUGCUCAUCAUUGUCUAGGUUGGCUCUGAACUUCUCCCCCCACCAUCAGGUGGGCAGUCUGCUAACGACCCAUUCAAAUAGCUCCAUCUUGAAUCUACACUUAGGUUGCCAUGGUGUCCUUCUUGUAUUUAAAGAACCAAGAGCUGGGUGCCUGCUCAGCCUUGAUGAGCAGCUUUCUGUUACAGGCCAUCUCAGAUGGUGGACAGAUGGAUUGAUGCCAAAUAGGCCACAUGUGGCAACUGUGCGGUUGUCCUGGCAACAGAGGCAGUUGUAUGUAAGUAAAGGCUGUGAUACACCAUGAGUGGAAGGAAAAGCCUAGAUUGGAAGGGAGGAAAAGACAAGGGAGAAUGAAUUCCCCAAAGUCCAUAGGCUCCAGGUCUCAGUUGCCAUGUGUCCAGGCUCCAUGUCCAUCCUGGUGUCCUGAAAAUGCCCCCUUCCCCAAAGGGAGGCUUUCCCCAUGGCAGCAUCAGACACCUAGGAGGCUUCCCUAUGGGAGUGGCCAUAGAGGGGACACCUCAUUUCCAUAUUAGAGCCAAUAUCACAUCCUCUUCUUGUUGGAGUGAGUUGAGUAGAAACCCCAUGUCCCCGAGAUGGUGAUGCAGCAGUGGCCACCUCAGUAAAGCUCAGCCCCAGGACACCUAGAACAGUAAAGCUCAGCCCCAGGACACCUAGAACAGUGUGGCUUUGGCUGCCAGAUGGGUUCUCUGAGCCGUGGCUUGUGCCACACCCUAGGGCUUUCCUCAAGGAGCAGUGUGGAUUGAUAAGUAUGUGAAGGUUUCUUCCUGGGACUCUUCAUUCACAAAGCAUAUUUCUCUUCUCCCCCACAAGCCAAAGAUGUGGUAUGCCAUCUAUAAACAGCCCUGUGAAUGGUGACAGCCAGAUUUUAAGUAGGAGGAGGAUAGAAGAAAGAUUGCAAAAGAGAUCAUGUGCCCAGACAAAUCUGUGUGAUGCUAGUUCUUAUGAAACUUUUGAAGUUUUUUCCAAGAAAGACAGUAUAGAUAAACCCCACUCCUGGAACAUAAUUACAAAUCUAGACUGCUUGGCUUUGUCUGAGAUAAUGAGCAGGUGUUUCCAAGACAGUUCAGCUGUCUUGGAGAGAACCCUUGUUUUUCAGGUGAAGAAACUGAGCCAGGCAGUGGAUGGCAAUAGUCAGUGGCUAGAUCUUGGAAAGCAUGCAGGACUUACUAAGGCUUUUUGAGGCUCAAACAUGUAGCUCACUCUAUGGAACAACAAGCAGUCCAUUUAUCCUCAUAUCUCACAUUUCAAAACACAUGAAGGACUCAGCCAUUUACAUGAGAGACAGGACUUGUGGUUGGUGACUUAGCUGAUGUUCUCCCAAAAGGCGGCACCAGAGGGGAUUUGGGUACAUAUAGCUUAUUUUGGAAAUGAUCCCAGGACUCAAGAGGGAAGUGGCUGAUAAGGAAUUGUUACAUCGUGGAGCAUGUUUCUAUCAAGUGUACACCUGGGGCAUCUACCAGCUGCUGAGCGUUGGGAGCAGAACUGAACACACCUGAGGUAGCCAGUGGAGGGGGCGGGGAGGGGUUCCACUGCAGUCAGCAUGGGUGGAAGGCUGUCUCCAGUGGUUUCUGCCAUGCCCUGUGUACACCCAUGCAUUCUCUGCAAGCUGGGACAUUCUGGAGCAGAGGCUGGCAUUUAUAAUAAACAGUCAGAGCAGAAGGCAGAUGUCAAAGCAGCAGGCUGCUUAGCCCACACAUAGAUUUUAGGGCUCUGCCCUUCGAGCUCCCAUCUCAGUGGGCCUAGAGCAAGGAUAGCAUGCUUGCAUUUUCAGUAUGAGGAUGAUGGGUAUGCCUGGGGUCUCAGCUUUGACAUUGACUGGUGAGUAUUCUAGCCCUUCCUUGACUCUUACUGGUGGCCCCCACACCCCUCCCCUACCCCACCUUUUAUGAAGAAUUUUUUCACACCACUUCAUGUCUUAGAUCCCAGGUCCAUUCUGUGGAGAAUUAAUAAGUACUUAUAACUCCCUGCAACUGUGGCUGGCAGAUAAAAUGCCAUCUGCCAGACAAGAUUUAUUUAUAAUGGGGUUUAUACAUAUUUAUAAGUUUGCAAGCAACAAAUGCACAGUUUUAAAACUGGCACAUUUUAUAGCAGCCAGAAAAAAAAUCUUGCAACUUUCUACCAGGUUUUUUGAGUGUGAACUGCAUGUGUACAUUACACACAAACACAAACUUUCCUUGAUUUGGAUGGAAUGUGCACCUCACUCAGCAUGUGUGUCCACACACAGAUCAACUCUGCUGGGUAUCACGAGCCCCUGGGUUUUUCUAACAUGAACAACUGUCAAUCAAAAUGGCACCAAGAGCUAGGGGAUUAAUAGACUCUCAUCAGCAGACUCAAGGAGCAGGGUUCUGGGUGCUGUGGAACGUGAGACCAUGGCACAGAAAGGGAAGGAAUGGCUUGCAAGGAGAGUCGGGGAGGAGUGUCACUGUGGGCCGUGCCCGGGGGAAAGCAAGCCAGGUAUAGUGAUGAUGUUUGCAAUCCCAGCACUUGGGCGGUAGAAGCCGGAGGGCAGUCAGUGGAAGAUAAGGAAGGGCAGAUGUUGGGUAAAAGGAAAAGAGAUGAAACAACUAUAGACGCACAUCUGUUCUGGCUCCAGUACUGCUCAGGCAUAGCCUGACUUGGCUUGCCAGCCUUCCUGGCCACAUUGGUACAGCAUGUCCUAGGUAGCUGGCCCUGGAGGGACUCUUGGGACAGAGAAGGAAACAUAGGUGGAUCUGCCCCUGUUUAUAAUUUAAUAGGAACCCCACCCCUAACACACCUGGGGCAGUGUGAGAGUGUUGGCGUGCGGGAGGCCUUUCAGUGCUGGUGUGCCCACAUCCAGUUAGGACCCAGCAAGGGUCAGGACUGAGCUGGGGUUCCGAAGGCUUUGCACAGUGGGUGGCACUGUGUGCCUGCGAGGCAGAAAAGUGUGCAAAAGUUCAAGAUGCAACCCUGCCUGGAAACUGCUGGUGUCAGCAGGAUGCUGAAGGCAGGCUACGAGCCUGCCUUUCCUCUCACUCAGAUGCCCUGGGUAAGUGAAUCUCCGAGACCUCCCAAACACAUUAAUCAUUCUUGUCUUAGGGUAAAAGAAACCACAGGAACUGAACAGCUUUAUGUGCCCAUUGUGCAUAAAGGACCAUCCUGUGGGGUGAACCUUCUAAGGUACUGGUUCACACUGUACCCACAACACUUUCCCACAACCAAAGCCACUAACACUGGAGUCAAGAGACAGCUCACAAGGCAGGGAUGAGUGGACUAACCAAGCUUGGGCGAUGAGUUUUCUUUUCUUUCUUUUUUUUUUUUUUAAAUUUUAACACUAUGUGUGAGUUGUCAGUUGACUGUUCUCUGUUCAACCGACUUUUGGAUAUAACUUGUUUUAGAGUAUUAUGAAAUUAUGUGAGUUUCUUUGUAUUCAGAAUUAAACAUUUGAUGUUUAAAGACCCAGGAUUAGGAGACAGCUCAGUAUAAAUGUCUUGUGUAACAAGGUAUUUAAUAGUUUUUCAAAAGCAUUUGGAUGGCCAUGCAUAUUGAUAUAUGGGUAUUUGGAAAUUUUUUGUUUCUGUCAACUUUCGUGAGACAGACUAUUACUGUAGCAGCAGUCUGCCUGGCUUAUGGCCGACCUGCACCUUUCUUCUCUGAUCCUGGCAUGGAAUUGGCUUCCUGAGUCACCUGUGAGGAGCAGAAACACAAAACCAAUUUCAAGUUUUCUGAUAUUUUUCUAUGAUAAAACUUACAUGAUUUGGUGAACAUUUGGAGAUCCCAAGAUACGACAGGCAAAGGUAAUUGGCUUGGACUGCCUUACCUCCAGGGACUCCAUCUUGCUCUUUCGGGGAAUGGUGUUGCUGUCUGUCUCAUGCCCUUCACCAUGGGCCUGGCACACCACACCCAAGCUUCUGGGAUGACCAAGUGGAGGCAGAAUACAGCAUCCCUCCCCAUGGCCCAGAUAUGGCAGGUGGCAGUCAAGGGCUGUAGACAAUGCUGCUCUCCUUGUUAUUCCUAGGUACUGGAAUAUGUGCCUUCAUCAUCUAGACAGCCAUCCAUGCAUUCUGGAUUCCAUAGUAGCCCCUCUGAAUCUCUGACUUAGACACUAAAAACAUUUGGGUGAUGAGGUUUGCAUUUGUCCACACAGUUUCCAAAGCAUGGAACCAGCAUUGUAAUUAGACAUUUUCUAUUAAACGUACCUUGUUACAAUUCUGUGAACAGCUCUUUCCCAGCACAGAAGAACCAUGGCUCAAAGAUUGAGAGAAGCAAACAUUUUUAAAUAGUUAAUUGUUUCAGUGACUAUAGGUGUAAGUCUGUUGGCAAUAAAGGCUACUGUGAAAAGUUG